AUGCUCUUGAAGGCAAAUGGUGAAGACGAAGAAAAAGAUACAAUUUGGUUCUUGUCAAGGCAUCAUGAUUUAUUAUGCUUUACAUUUCUCGGAACUGUGAGCUACAAAGUCAUUCGACAUUCUGUAGGAUUUCAUUUAAAUCACAUUCAAGUCAAGUCAACGUCGUCUAUUCAAACAGAAACUGUUGACCACACAUCGUGA